UCUAUCGUUGUAUUGCGUGCAGCAACUGCCGGUGCAGGAGCGCGGGCGGGCGGCGGACUCGAUGGCGGCGGAGGCGUACCGGCGGGUGCAGGACCCGGUGUACGGCUGCGCCGGCGUCAUCAACCGCCUCCAGGACCAGAUCCGCGCCGCCCAGUGCGAGCUCGCUUGGACCCACGCGCAGAUCGCCAUGCACAGCGCCGCCGCCGCCCACGCGCGUACGACCCUUCCGCCGGGGCAGCGAGACGGCGGCGGCGGCGGCGCACCGUCGACGCAGCAGGCUACGACGUCUGCCGCGUGGCAGCUGGAAGACUUCGCAUCUGAAUUCUCGUUUCCUUGAUUGGCUUCACAACACGUCGACUGAUGAGCGAUGAGACAGAAAUCUGUAACAUCUUCAUGUAAUAAAACUGCAUUUCAUUCUCAGAUUCAGAGUGGCCUGAAAUUUGGCGCCGCGGUGGAGAACGCUGCACACGCCAUCUCGUCCGUUGGAUGAAAAAUCAACGGCUCUAAUUAACCUAUUUUAACAAACGGCACGUCAAGCGCCCGAUAAUAUCUAGGUUCGGUCCGACCCAA